UGUUCGCCAACGUCACUUGCCAAUUUGCGACGAUGGGCGCAGUACUCGUUUGCUUCGGAGACCAUGAACCGGGUGAGUCGGACAUUAUUGUGGUCUGUAGGGGAAAUAUCUAGCAUUGACAUCCUUUCACUCUUCAGACUUCGGCGAUAUCCGACAGCGACGAGAACGCUCAUCCAGCGAAGAUUCGCUGCUCGAUCGACUGCAAAAGAAUUGGAGUUGUGGAAGCCUCGGCGACGAUCAAGACGAAGGUGAAGACCCCAUCAAUUGGGACGCUUUCCUGCUGCAGUCCAACAAAUCCACUGCGUCCUCAGGUAGUCGCAUGCUGUCAGCGUUCUACAGUCGCCUACUGGAGGAGAACGACGACUGUGCCUUCUACUUCGAUAUCAGAGGCAAACGUAUCAAAGGAGCAUAUCUGGAUCGAGUGGAGCUACUGGACGACUAUUUCCUGCCCUUGGUACGGAGGCGAGCGAUCUCAACGGAAAAACCACCUCCACUCGAGUCCCUGGAGAUGUACAGCUCGAGCGAGGACUGCUUCUCCACUUCGUCUACCAUGAUCAGUGAACUGGACUACUGGGCGUCUUCAGACCCGCUUUUCACGUCCGAGGAUCGCCGAUACGACCCGCGUUACCUGCCUUCAAAGCCAACUCUCGGUCGCUGCGCAAGCUGGGGUGCACCAGCUCACACGGAACUCAAGAUCCACCGAACUUUCAGCAGUCCGUACAAACAAGAGGACUCCUGCUUCACCCGUUUCCAGUCAUCGUCUGCCAAGCCAUUCCUGUCCUCAGCCAUGGGUCUGGCUGCCUGAAAAGAGUCAACUACGACUCCCUCUUAUCUUAUUAGCGUGAAGGUGUGUCUUGCGAUCUCCGUCCUUGACGGUGUACCCUUUAUAAGCAUGCUUGCAGUUUUUUUUUUAAAAUCGAUUUCGUGUUUAAAACACGCAGUUUAUAUUGUGGC